UUACUUCUUUUUAUUUGGAACAUUUUAUACGUAUAUGCAUUAAUACAUUUACAUUUUACGUAUAAAUAAAGGAUAACUUUACUUUUGAAGAUGUUUGUGUGUGUAACAACACGUGGCCCUGUCAGCAGGUUUAUACUUUACAAUAAAGCUAACAAAAAGAACAUUUCAUCACACAUGCAGACUCAAGCGUGCCAGAUUCAAACAUGUGGCAUUGACUAAUUACUUUUUAGUUAUCAACCACAUUAUUGUUUUUAAGGCAUAAAGCUGCAGAGGUCCUUCAGUUUCCGGCGCUGAGAUGUGAAACUAAGCUUGUUGUUUUUCUCUGAUUCUAACUUUAAAACCCAAUAAUUCAUCAUUAACUUCAAAAGAAAGCUCCUUACUCCCCCAGCACCUCCCUACAAACAGUGGCAGCUUCUUCCAACCCCAAAAGGCCGACGGCUGGCAUCCUCUCUUCACUCCAAAAUCCCGCGAUAUCUCGCUCUGUCUCCCCCCCUCCUCCCCACGCUUCUUCACCCUCAAAUCUCGCGAUAGCUGCCCGUGCAGUGUGUAUGUGUGUGUGUGGCUUUUUGCACCUUAAACUCAGCGUUUAUUUGAGAAAACACACGUCUGUAGCUCGGCUGCGUAAAAAAAAAACAGUUAAAAGAAAAGUUAAAAAACUUUUUUUGUGCGGAGAGAGCGGCGGAUGAUGAAGAAGCGGAGGCUAAAACACGCUUAAAGUUACAUUUUAACUCCUGCGCAGCUUUAAUUUAAGCGUUCACUGCGCAGGUAAAUAAACGUUUAACAGCUGUCCUUGCUUUUAAAAGGUGAUGCGUUAACGGCUCGUUACCGGGAGGAGCACAGAAGAAGUAAUCCGGUAACGUGUGCGUAAAGAGAGAGAUGCUUGGUGGCCACGUCCCCUUGGAGACUGGAGAGACGACACGUGAUGAGCUUUACUUAUCGGGUUUAGAGGCAGAGACACGCCGAGAGAGAGAGAGGGGGGAGCCGGCCGGGAGUCCGGGGAGGAAUUAAAACUAAAUACAGCGCAGAAACCAACUUUCACCCCCCCUCCGCUUCAUCGACGAACUCCUUUCCUCGCGUUUUGUUUUUUCUUUCUUUCCUCCGGGAGAGGAGAGAGGAAGAGAAGCAGAGAGGAGGUGGAGGUGGAGGAGGGAGGGGUGGGGAGGAGGAGGAGGAGGAGGAGAAGCCGGAGUAAAGUUUGUCCAAGUUUGCACAUCCCUUCGGAAACGCCAUUUUGAUUCCUCUCCUCUCCGGAGCAAGUUUGCAGCCUCUCUCUCUCUCUCUCUCCCUUCUUUUUUUUUUUUUUUUUUUUUUUUUACUUCAUCCCCUUUAUCAUCCACCAUCACCGCCGUUCAUCAUCAUCAUCAUCAUCAUCAUCAUCAUCGCCCCCACCACCACCAUCGUCAUCCUCGCCACGAUGUCUCGGCGCAAGCAGCCCAACCCCAACAAAGUCAAGCUGUGAGCAGUGGUUGCAGACACACACACAACAAACCCCGCCCCCUCCCGCCCCGCCCCGAGACACGAGCGAGCGAACGUUUUACGAAAAGGACGGCAGUCAUGGAAAACUCCAUAGAGGAGCAGCGAGAGGAGAUAAACGAGGAAGAGUCGGAGCUAACAGAGGAGAAAACACACAAUAACCUCAAAGCAAUCAACGGAGUGAUGGAGGAGGCAGUGAGCGGAGGAGAGAAGCUACAGAAUGGAGACCGAGGAGGAGGAGGAGGAGGAGGAGGAGGAGGAAUCAUGGGAGCUGAAGGAGGAGGAGACCUGUCCUCCAUCAACGCCAUGAUGUCAGCUGUGAUGUCAGCAGCAGGGACCAUCAAUGGUGGAGGAGAUGGAGAAGGAGGGAGUGGAGUCACCUCAGCUAACUCCUCCGCCGGGCCCUCCCCGAGCCCCUCCCCCAGCAAGUCGCUCACGGCAGCCAUGAGAGCCCCGCCCAGCCGCAACGCUCGACGCAACCAGGACACCAAAGACGACAGCUCAGCUUUUAUCUGUCCGCUGUGUAACAAGAACUGUCAAACACAACACAGCCUCACCAUGCACAUCAGACAGCACAACGCUGACACCGGAGCGACGGACCACUCCUGCAGCAUCUGUGGGAAGUGCCUGAGCUCGGCCUCGUCGCUGGACAGACACAUGCUGGUCCACAGCGGGGAGAGACCCUACAAAUGUAACAUCUGUGGACAGACCUUCACCACCAACGGCAACAUGCACAGACAUAUGAAGAUCCACGAAAAGGACCCGGCCAGCGGUCUGCUCCCCGUCAGCCCCCCCUCCCCCACCAAACGCCGCCGUCCAUCCGUCAAGAGGAGGCAGGAGGAGGAGAACGGAGAGGAGCCACCCAGCAAGAAGGUGGUGGAGGACGCGGUGUCGGAGGAGUCGUCAGCGGUGGUUCAUGGAGCAGAGGAGGAGCUGCUGCCCUGUCCAAUCUGCUUCAAGACCUGCAGCUCAAGACUGGACCUGGACGCACACAUGGACGCACACCCCGACACCGCACUGAGGUGUGAUCUCUGCUGCCUGUCUUUCCGAACCCACCGCGGUUUGUUGCGUCACAACGCGGGGGUUCAUAAGCUGCUCCCUCAGGACCCCAGCGGCCACCCCUUCAUCCAGAACAACCCGUCAAUCCCCACCGGCUUCAACGACCUGGCCUUCAUAGACUUCUCCUGCAGGAAGUUCCCUCACAUCGCACAGGUUUGGUGUGAGACAAACCUUCGUCGCUGCAUCAGUAAGUUCCAUCGUUUCGUCUGUGAUUGCUGCGACAAGGCGUUCCCCCUUCGCUCUGCCCUGGACAUCCAUAAAACCGCCUCCCACCCCGAUAAACCCGCCGCCCCUGACACACAGGAAACGGAGGAUGAAGCAGAGGACGCAGCUGCAGAAAACGGCGUUGAGAACGGCAGUCAGGAUGUUGAGAAAGAAGUCCUGCCCCCGGAGCAGGCCAGCUUCUUGGAAGCGCUGGGACUUCAGCACGUUUCUAAGGUGAAGUCUGGUCCCACAGACGAUGAGAUCCAUCAGGCCCACCUGGACAGCAUCAAGGUGAUCCACGUGGAGCCGCCAUCCUCCAGCCUUCCCCAGGAGCCGGCUUCAGCCUACCUGUCCGGAGGUCUGGGCCUGACUUUGGGGCUGGGUGUAAGUGGUCUGGCCCUCAGCUUCCCUCUGCUGGAGGGCUCCGGCUCCGCUUCCGCCCUGCAGGGCCUCUCCCAGAAAGACGCCUUGAGCCUGCUCUCCCUGCAGCCCUUCCAGACCGGCUUCCUCCUGCAGCCUGACGGGGGCGCCGCAACAGGUAGUGCGGCCUCGUCCGGAGUCAAACCCGGAGAGGCAGGUGGAGCCGGGAUCGUGGAGCUGGCAGACAUCCAGCAGAUCCUCAAAGUGGCGACGGCAGCUCCCAAUCAGAUGGGACUGACCCUCCCACCUCUGGCCAAAGCUCCAGGAUUCGCUGGAGGUCAAGGUCAAGUCCAGGGUCAGAAGGCGAUGCCUCCACUGAAGCCCAAACCUCCCAUCACCCCUCGCUCCAGCCUCACGGCGACGACUCCUCCCCCCCUCCAGAGCUCCCAGCAGGCCUCACUGGGCUGCAUCAGCCCCAGCCUGCCUCCUCCCACCCCGACUCUCUUCAAAACACCCUCCUCAUCCUCUUCAUCCUCCUCUUCAUCUGGGAACGGAGGGCAGUUGGACACGGAGUGUAUGGGUGACGCUCACACGCCUUUAUCUGAUUCGCCGCCAGCUGCUACCACAGCAGUACACGAGGAGGCGGGGCUUAGCGGGAGAAAGCCAGGAACCAAAGGGGGAAACAACGCCAACGCCGGCUCGGCUAAAGGCUCGUUCCCGUGCCGAUUCUGCGACCAGGUGUUUGCUUUCUCUGGCGUCCUGCAGGCUCACAUGCGCUUCCACCUCGGCAUCCUUCCCCACCAGUGCAACAUCUGCGACUACGUGGCUCCAGACAAAGCCACGCUGAUCCGACACCUGCGGACACACAGCGGCGAGCGACCGUACGUCUGCCGGGUCUGCCAUUAUCCUUUCACUGUCAAGGCCAACUGCGAGCGCCACCUCAGGAAGAAGCACGCCAAGACCUCGAGGAAGGAAAUCGAGAAAAACAUCAAAUAUGUCACCUCCACCACCACAGCGAACAUCGCCGCAGCAAUCACUGCUGCGACAACCACCACCACCCAGGACAUGGAGACGGGCAGCGCUGGAACCGAGACCACGUGCCGGUUUUGCGGCGAGGACCUGAAGACCUACCGGGCGCUGCAGAUCCACCUGCGCACGCACAACGGCUGCCAGAGGAAGCCGUUCGAGUGCCGCCGCUGUGGCGCUGCCUUCCUGGCCAAACGCAACUGCAUCCACCACCUGCUCAAGCAGCACCCCGAGGUGCAGGAGAGGGAGAUCGAAGACCAUAUCGCCACACUGCUGCCUGCCGCUGUUCCCGCCGCUACCGUCGCCUCUGGCCGAGCUGCUGCGGUGAGUCAGAUGGCGCUGAACGGGAUCGGUCAGCCUCCGAUUCAGGCGCUCCAAGCAGUGAAGGUGGAGGAGCUGGCUAACGUGAUUUAUCCUACAGAAAUGGACCAGCCGCUGGACUUCUCCGCCAAGGGUCGUGGAUCCGGCAGCCAGGCGGGGUCUCCUGGGGUCAAACUGGAGAGCGUUUCCCCCAGCUUCGACUGCUCCAUCCUGGACCAGCCCAUCGAUCUGUCCAUCCCCAGCAAGAGGCAGAGGAGGGAGGCGGUGAGCGCCGAAGAGAAGAGGGAGAUCAAGAUGGAGCAGAGCUGCAGCAGCAUCGUCGAGCAGCAGCAGCACGCUCUAGCUCUGUCCAAGGAGGAGAAGGCGGCGAACACCCUGCCUCCUCUGCACCCUCACCCCCAACUCGGCUGCUACCAGCUCCCCCCCGGAUCCACCCCGCCCCCCACCUCCCUCAACAACUCUACACGAGCCCAGCGCCUGAAACCCCUGCUCCCCAAACCAGCCUCCGCUACCUCCUCCACUGCCCUCAAGGAGCUCCCCCCUCUGGCCUCCAUCGCUCAGAUCAUCCACUCCGUCUCCGGCGCUCCAGACCUGCUGAAGAGAGAGGCUGCCGCCCUGGAAGGAAAACCCCAGGCGGUCGCCGCGUCCUCUCAGGUCGAUUCGGCUGCAGACGCCCCAGGACCCUCCGCUGUUCUGGAGACACAAAGUGACGACACGUCUGAGGGAUCCUCCCGAAAGCGGUCCAGGAAGAAGCCUGCUGCCCUGACAGUGAAGGAGAAGGCCGUUGUGAGCGGCGGUGGCAUCGACCUGGAGUCCAGCGGGGAGUUUGCCAGCGUGGAGAAGAUGUUGGCCACCACUGACGCCAACAAGUUCAGCACCUACCUGCAGACUGGAGCUGCAGACCUGGGAGGAAAGAGAGAUGUUGACAGAGCAGCAGGAGGAGGGGAGGAGAAGGAGGGAGGAGUCAAGGAGGAGGUGAAGCCGGCAGCGUCAUUGGUGGUGCCGCAGUCCAAAGGAAAGAAGAACGCCUACUCCAACUCGGUCCAGAAGAUGACCUGCCCCUUCUGCCCACGAGUGUUCCCGUGGGCCAGCUCUCUGCAGAGACACAUGCUGACGCACACCGGCCAAAAACCUUUCCCCUGUCCGAAGUGUGAUGCCUUUUUCUCCACCAAAUCUAACUGUGAGCGCCACCUGCUGAGGAAACACGGCGUGACGCACCGAACGCUGCGUCGCAACGGCGCCCUGGCCAAGAAAGACGGAGAUGAAGGCUCGCACGAGAGCGCAGAGAGUCAGUCAGAGACGGAGCAGGUCGCACCAGAAGCACAAGAUCUCAGCACCUCCGCAGACUCAGGCUCCGCCCCCACAUCAGAGAGCCCCGCCCCCUCAGAACAUCAGGAGGCGGGGUCAACAACACCAAGCCCCACCCACAAACCAAGCCAAGGUUGCAGUCCAGCUGCCAGCGGCGCAGAGCAGCCGGAGACGGAGACCGCAGAGCAGCCGGACCAGCAGGGGGCGCCAGAGACCAGCGCAGCACAGGGGAAACCGCCUCCACAGAGCAACAGCUCCAAGGUGGAGAGCGCAGACGAUGACGACUGCCACAGCAACAAAAGUCUGGACCUGAACUUCGGCAAAAAGCUAAUCGACUUCAAGCUGUCCACGUCCUCAGGCCCCGCUCAGGAAGAACAGCCCUCGCAACCUGCGUCCUCCUCCUCAUCCUCCACAUCCUCUACCUCUGCUCCGCAAGUAGCAACAGAGAGCCAAGAGAAGGAGAAAAGCGCUACAGCCUCCUCCUCCUCCUCCUCCUCCUCCAGCAGCCCCGUGGUGAAGCAGCAGCCGGAGUACAAACAUGUCUGCCGAGUGUGUAAUAAGAGCUUCCGCUACGCCACCACCCUCGCCCGCCACGAGAGGGCGCACCUCUCCGAGGAGACGCCAACUCCAGCGCCGGUGGAGGAGAACCCGCUGGCGAAAGAGGAGGCAGCGGAGAGCAACACCACCAAGCCGACAGAGGAGGAGAAAGAAGAGGAGCAGAAGAUGGAGAUGGAGGAGGAGGAAGGAGGAGUGAGGGGAGGUGAGAGCGAGGGAGGAGAGAGCGGGGAGUCAGAGGAGGAGGAGAAGGAGAAGGACGAGAGGAGCGACGAAGAAGCGUCCGAACCAAAGAGUUUAGAGGGAGGAGAGGCGUCAGGAAGACGAGUAGACAAGAGGAAGAAGAUCUGUAACGUCUGCGGCAAAAGAUUCUGGUCUCUGCAGGACCUGACGAGACACAUGAGGUCACACACAGGUGAGCGGCCCUACCAGUGUCAAACCUGCGAGCGGACUUUCACCCUGAAGCACAGCCUGGUUCGCCACCAGCGGAUCCACCUGAAGCCCCGAGGAGCCGACAGAGCCGCGGCCGGGACCGACGACGCCAGCGAGGACGGAGACUCCUGCACCCCGACCCCGACCUCCACCUGCCCGACCUCGGAGAAUGAGAGCGAGUGCGGCAGCGGCAGCGGCAGCGGCGCGGGGGCCAAGGAGCUGGAGGAGGAGGAGGACAUAAAAGAGGAGGGUGAGGAAGGUGACGGCGCAGAAUCAGCCACGCUGGAGGAAGAAAGCCCAGCAAAACAAGCGGAGUCUACUGCGGAUUCAGAACCACCAGCCACCGUCGCUUCUGAAGACCCGGACGCCGAGGAAAAAUCUGAACUUUCUGCAAACCCUGCGACACAACGACCUUCUGUUGACACGACUCCCGGCCCACAAGCUACUGACACGAAGACAACUACUAGUGACGACUCCUCAGCCAGCGACCUGACACCGGCGCCCGAAUCAAACAUCUCCAAAGACCCCUCCCCCUCAUCCUCCAGCUCUCUGCCAGAGGAGUCCGUGGCAGCCGCCCCCGCAGAGGGCUUCAUCCAGGGGCUGCUGGAGGUCCACGCCAAGCCGCCCCUGGAGCACAUCCUGCCCAACGGAGAGCCUCCUCUGGUGGGGGUAGACUGAGGGGAAGCUCCCCCCCGGCUGUCUAAACCAACGUCACCACAGUGCCAUACGACGGAGAGACGCUACACCAUUGAUGAUGAUGCAAAAACCAUCCCGGAAAACUUUUUUGAUAGAAAGAAAGACGAAAACCUCGUUUUCUUGAAGUGCCUUAACUACUAGUCCUACUUCUAAGAGAUGUUUUUUGCUAUAUCUUUAUCUGCAUUAUUACAGAGGAUGGAUCUAAUUUUUAUAGCUUUUUAUGAUGACAAUGAUUUGCAUUACUAUUUUUUUGUGCGGGGAAUCUAUAUUUCAGCAAUAAAAAGAAUAAAGUUAUGAUUUAUUAUUGUUCUAGAUUCUGUUUGAGAAUUGAUCAACUUAGGAGACGCAGAGAGAGACAGACAAAGACUGAGAAGGACUGUCGGCAUCUGCGUUUAUUCUUCUGUAUUUAAAUCACAGCUGGGCUCCGGCCACACAGCAGAGACUGAACAAUCCAGUUUUAAGAUUUGAACCAGCUUUGGAUUUGAGAGCGAGUGAGGAACUUGACUUUAUUUGUCCGCCAGCCACGGUGGCUUUCCAAAACUCACCAGCCACUUCUCCUGCUUGACCGGCCGUUUGGAUAUUUUUGGAUGAAAUCGAGCCCGGAGGUGAUGGCCGACAGGCUGCCGAAGUGGCUGGUCGGGCCCAGUUUUCACCAGCAAGCGAUGACUUCCACCGAUGGCUGGUAGUCGUCUCACUGUGUGACAAAGGAAGCUUUUUGUAACUGGAAAACACAGAAAGGUCGGCACCUCGUCGUCCUUUUGGCUCGCUUCCGCACCAACCCCCUUCUCUCGGCUGGCUCAGAAAACACACAAAAACAUUUACGAACUUGCCGAAGUCGCAGCAGAUUUCUGUGUGAGAAAGAAGUCUUGAAAGGGCAGAUAUAGUGUUGAUCAGUUUGUGUUCUCCAUGUUGUUGUUUUUUUUUUUUUAAACCCAUCACACUAUUGAUCCCUCAAAGCCACCCUGUGAGUUGGUUUGUGUGUUAAUAAUUUCUCAUUCAUAAUCAUUCUCAGUUGAUUCCAUGUUUGUACAGAGAGUUGAACAUGUGGCACGUGAUGCUAGAGUAUUGUCUGUCUGGUUUUUUUUGUUUUUUGUUUUUUUUUUUGCGUGUGUGCGUUUAUCAGUGACAUUUAGGUGUAGGGAGGGGAAUUCUUGUGUUUUGUGGAUUUUUUUUAAUAACUGAACAAAUCAAAAAACUUUUGUUGCGUGUGAAUGUGUGUGUGACUCCCACCUGUCUCUCAUCGUCACCCCCUAGUGUUCAUUUAGGGUUUAUUACAGGGCCUUCAGUGUGCUAACGCAUAUAUCGCCACUAACACGUGACCCAGGUUCAGUUUACCUCAACCUCUGCUUUUUAACUGCAACCAUUAAAACAACAAAUGAGCAGCUCUGUAGGCAACCCUUUAAAUCCUAUGUCUUCCUAAACAGGGCUAGCAGGGCUAAUUCUUUACUACCCUAGUUUCCACUGUGGGCCAAAUCAGAGCUAGCCAGGGCUAACUCGUUAGCAUGGCUUCAAAUACAGCUAGCCAAGGCUAACAUGUUUAAGUUGUUACUGGCUUAGCUUGCACAAUGACCCAAACAGAGCUAACGAUGGCUAACUCAGUAUCAACAACAGUGUAAAAUAGAAAUAGCAAGGGCUAAGUCUGGCACACACACAAGAAAAACAGCGCUUACUCAUUAGCUUAGUUUUCACCACAGCUUAUAAAAGGGCUAAUACUAGCUAGCUGUAGUUAUUAGCCUGUGUUGGCUAAACAGACAUCAGGCGCAGUGUCACACACAAGCUAGCAAGGGCUAACAGACCAGAGCAGGCAAGAUAACCAAGUUACCAAUGCCUUAACCUGUUUCCUUAAUUUCUCUGGUAUGUUCAGUUUGCCCUAGCUAGCUCUUAUCAUUAGCCUGAGCUUUGCAUAGUGGGCCCGUCGGCGUUAACCACAUGCUCAAAAUACAUGCUAACUAGGGCUAACUGACUAGAGCAGACAAGUUAACCGAGCUACCAAUGGAUUAGCUCAGUUAACUAGUGUGGUAUGGUCAAUUAGCUCAAGCUAGCUCUAACCACGAGACUGAGAUUUGCUUAGUAGGCCCUAAGACAUCAACCACAGAGUUAAAAACACAUGCUAGCUAGGGCUAACUGACCGGACCAGACAAGUUAAUCAAGCGAACGCAUCACUAUGUUUGUUAACAGCAUUUCUAGCUAAUAGCAGGUCUAGCUAGUCUCCUUCCAGUAUUAUCUCAGUAUCUUGAAUUGGCCCUGGACCGCUUUAGUACUGUUUGUCCCUAUUUAGCCCUGUCUUCUCCUAUGUGAAAAUCCAGAUGAGGACUUGUCCCUCUUUCCUGUUCCAGUCUAUCAGUCGAACACCUAAACUGAAUGGUCAAACUCUGUGUUGAUUUAUCAUCACAGAGGUUAUCAGAUAUCUGAAGACACGUAGUUAUGAAUUCGGACGUAGAGACAAUCGGUUGUAAUUUUCAAAUGGAAAACAGAUACAUUUUUUAAACUAAACCCCUCAGUUGAACCUCAGUAUGAUUUCCAGAAUGAGCUAGAUGACUGGCUGAAAGGGAUGGAUGGACAGAUGGAUGGAUGGAUGGGUAGGUUGGGGGGGGGUGUGAGUCAACUGUAUUACCCUGCUGCACUCACAAACAGAAGUAAAAGGGCUAAUUCCACCUCCUCGCACCAACAGAACCGGACAUUUCCACAACAGAAAAGGACGGUGAAGUUUGGAUCACUUAGUGAUCCCUAUAUCGCGACCAGAGGGGACGGGGUAGUGUGUAUGUUUAUUUUCCUUUUUCGUGUGAAGAUGAAUAUAGCUAAUUUUUCUUCUUGUACGUUUUCGUCUCUGUUUUUUUUAUAUAUAUAUAUAUCAAGCAACCUCAUAAUCAAAACGAAUCGAACCUCUGGCUCAUAACGGAACUGUAAGGCAACGGCGACGGUCAGUCAUUGAGUCGCUCAAAAGGAAGCGAGAAAUAUUGAACAACCACAACUGGACUGACUGACUGACUGGACGCUGCUGUGAACUGGCACUAACAACUUCCAAAACUACUACUACUACUUCUACUACUAGUACUACUACAGUGGAAUAUUGCAACACAAUCAAGAGAGCGAGAGAGUGAGAGAGUUUCUGCUGGCUGGUCAGGUUCAGGACUCCUGAAAGAGUCCCAGCACUUAGCAGGAGCGUGUUUGAAGACUAUUUUCCCUCGAUUCAGAAUAAUACUUCAGUUUCUCCAAUGUAGAGCGUCUUUACCUCUUCAGUCCAAAUGAACCCAAGGACUCCCGAAAAUCAACUCCCAAGGUAUUUGUUUUGAUCGAAAGUGAACACAAGGAUGAUCUAAUGUGUCUUGUAUGCAUUGCUUCAACACUUCCUUCCUCCAUCUUUGUUGGCGGCUAAUGCCUCGUGCAAAGCGGUGCAAAAAAACAACGGUAAAAGUUACGGAGGAGCUGAAAGUUAAAUAUAGAUAUUUCUCAUUGCAGAAUGAGCAUCUAUGUCUAGUGUUUUUGGGGGGGUUUCAUGUUUGGAGCAGAGUGGAUCGGAGCACUGACAGGCAACCUCGCUAGCUGUCAUUCGUUAGCUUGGUUGCUAAGGGAACAAUAAGUUCACGCAGCUUACUUAAGGAAGGUUCUUGCACCAUUAACUGCUGAUUCAUAACCGCCUACAAACCAUGGGGCUUUUGCAGAGCAGUUUGUACUCCGACUGAGGAGGGUUUUUAAAAAGGGGUUUUGUUUUGUGACUGUGCCUUUACACUCCUGUCCUCCCUUAGUGUACGUGAAAUAAAUUAAUCACGCAACCCCCAAAACUUAAAUCCGUUCCAGCGCUGACAUCUGCUGGUGAAAGCAGGCUACUACAAGAUGGCUUAUCUGCUUAAUGGCCUUCACACAAACAAAGUGCUUUCCAUUAACGACUUGCAUCAUAACUAUGAGCUACUGAGUCCUAAUUUUUAAUUGAAAUUAUGAGUUAUUAAUUCAGAUUUUUAUUUUCCAUAUCUGUGAAGAAACUCUCUCUUUCUCUCUCUCAACUGUUUAAUGUUUUGUUAGCUCUAUCUGUACAUCCCUCUCCCUCGGGUAUAUGCGUUAAUGUACGUCUGACUGUGUGUGUGUGUGUGUGCACGGCCAUAUGAAUACUGGACUUCCAUUCGAAUGCACGUGGACUGUUUUUAAAUGUAUUUAUUUGGAGCCCAGGUGUGUGUGUUUGUGUUUGUGUGUGUGUGUGUGGGUGCGAGUUAGUUUCUACAAUGACUUGAGAAGAAGCCAUGUAUUAAAAAUAUCACAUUUAUGCUGCAGAACUGUUUUGAGGAACUGAUGGUUUGUGUUGUGGACUAUCCGGCUUGCCGUGAGGCACGGUGUGCCGGGUGCGAAUCGGAUUAGCAAUAAGAAUCCUCUGAAUCCAAAAAGCUUUAUGUAGAUCUCCUGUAUAUGAGUUGAAAACAGACUGUCUGGGUCUCUUGGUUCUGUUGUUUUAUUUGUAGUUUGGCAGAUUUUUGUUGUGUUUUAUUUUUUUCUCUCUAUGACAUAUAAAUGCAUAUAAAACUGUGAAAAUUCAUUGUGUUCAGUUAAAGGGUGAGUUUUAGGUUAGUUUUUUUUUUGCAUGUUAAUCUAAUUUGUUCAAUUAUGGAUGAUUUCUCCUUUCUCCAUCUCUUCUCACCUACACACACACACACGUAUAUAUAUAUAUAUAAAUAUAAAAUAUAUAUAAUCUCGCUCUCAGGGUCUUUCACAAAUCCAUUAUUCGAAAUGCUUCAUGUUCUUAUUUCCUGAGUUGCAACUUGUUCUUUCCAAGUCCUGAUUAUUUUGUCUUUUUUUUUUUUAAAUACUGAUUCAGAACUGUCAAUCACUACAUUUAGCACUUGACUGUGAACUCGUCAUCACCUAACAGAUUAAAGAUGUCGUUGGUUUUUUGGUGUUUUAAAGCCGGAAUACUGUUGACAUCUUCGCUCCGUUCUCCCCUCUCGCUCGGACA